CCCCCCCCCCCACCCCACCCCCCCCAAAAUGCAGUCAUCAGUCAAUUCGGCGACAGAUGAAAAAUGUUGUGAAAAAUUACUCUGAGGCGGAGAUCAGAGUGCGGGAGGCCACUUCCAAUGACCCCUGGGGGCCAUCCAGUUCGCUCAUGACGGCAAUCGCUGACCUUACAUACAACGUGGUGGCCUUCUCGGAGAUUAUGAGCAUGAUCUGGAAGCGACUCAACGAUCACGGCAAGAACUGGAGACAUGUGUACAAAGCUCUGACUCUUCUGGACUACCUGAUCAAGACGGGCUCGGAGAGGGUGGCUCAGCAGUGCAAGGAGAACAUCUUUGCCAUACAGACACUCAAGGACUUUCAGUACAUUGACCGCGAUGGCAAGGACCAGGGCAUCAAUGUGCGGGAGAAGUCCAAGCAGCUGGUGUCUCUGCUGAAAGAUGACGAGCGGCUGAAAGGGGAGAGGUCUCAAGCACUGAAGACGAAGGAGCGCAUGGCUCAGGUGACCACUGCCGUUGGCAGUAACAACCAGUUGUCAUUCGGGCGUGGGUCUAGUCAGCCCAACCUCUCCACAAGCUACUCCGAACAGGAGUAUGGCAAGUCUGGAGGCUCGCCUGCUUCAUAUCAUGGCUCUACAUCGCCACAUGCGUCCUCUGAGCUGGAGCAGGCCCGGCCACAGACCAGCGGGGAGGAGGAGCUCCAGUUACAGCUGGCCUUGGCAAUGAGCAGAGAAGCAGCAGAACAGGAAGACCGGGUGCGUCGAGGGGAUGAUUUGAGGCUGCAGAUGGCUCUCGAGGAGAGUCGCAGAAACAGCCUGAAAACGUCCAAGAAGAAGAAAGAGCCUCCGUUGAUGAACCUGAUGGAUGCCUUGCCCACGACCCCUGCCACCCCAAAGUCUGAGCCCUGGGGUGCUCCUGUUGCAGCAGAGAAGCCGGACCCCUGGGGAGGAGGAGCUGCAGCGGCUGCCCCUGACCCCUGGCAGUCCUGUGGUGAGAUUCGUUCUAAAGCACCAUCUGCUGAUCCAUGGGGUGCAACAUCAAACACAGCAUCUCCUCUUAAAAGUGUUGAUCCUUGGGCUCAGAGCUCAGCACCCAAGUCUUCUGGAGAUCCCUGGGCUUCUGGGCCAGGUAGCAGACGUACUGCUUCAUCUGCAGGCAAUGCCAACUUUGAUCCUUUCAGCACACUGAAUGGUACCGCAACAGAUGACUUUUCUGAUUUUGACAGCCUUCGGACUUCUUCCUCAAAGCAAAGUAAUUCUGGUGGAAGUUCUACACUGCCCUCAAGACCCAGAGGUUCCGGCAGUCCAGACUUGUUCGAUUCCCAGCAGAACAGUUAUGCUUCUCUUAAUCAGAGCAGCACUGCUCGAAAAACCCCUGAGACUUUCCUUGGUCCUAAUGCAGCCCUGGUCAACCUGGACUCGCUCAUAUCCAAGCCACUGCAGCAGGCAACUGUCUCGAACCCUUUCUUAGCUCCAGGAGGUACGGCUCCAGCUCCAACUCUAGCCCCAGCUCCAAUCAACCCUUUCCAGAUAAACCAACCGCAGCCUCCGACAUUAAACCAGAUGCGAGCAAGCCCCAUGAUGGGCAUCAUUCCUCAAGGCUUCAGCACCAUGCCCUCUCUGAGCAUGGAGCCCAUGCCCAUCUCUGCCAUGGCACCGCCUGUAUCAACGAGCAUGGUCCCAGUGCCGGGCAUGGCAGCCAUCGCACCAAUGGGCAGAAUGGUUCCUGGAGUAGGCAUGGGGAGAUCAGUGCCCCAGCCACUUAUCAGUACAGGGAUUCCUUCAUCCUCUGCCCAGGCAACUAGUACGACUAACCCUUUCCUGUUGUGAAGAAGGUACUGUGACGAUCUUCAACAAACUCAUCAGUCCCCAUCAAAGACAAAAACCUCUGUAGUUUACAGUUUAGUGGUCUGUUGUGUUAUGAGACUGGUUUUGUGGAGUGUUUUUUAAAAAAAAAAAUAUACAUAUAUAAAUUACAUUUAGAUUUGCUGGCAGAAGAUCCCGUCGGCCCUUGGAGGUAGAAAACCUGCAGUGAUAUAUCGAAUUUUUUUGGGGGACAUUCAUUCAGAAACUUGGUAAUUGCUGUGUGUGUAAGUGUGCUUUCCUGGUACCCUUAGAUAUAUGUCGGCUCCACAAAAACCAGUAUAGUAUUCACUAAGGAACCCUCUAACACUUAGCUUUCAUUUCUUCGAAGGUUUAAAAGUAAGGAAUCCUGCUCCCUUUGUUUUAAGCAAGGCAUUCACUUAAUCUAAUUCCUUUUAGAAGGUAAUGUGUUUUUUUUUAAUCAUGUACGCAUAGUCUUGUCAUAAGUAGACACCUCAUCUUUAAUACUUAUGACAAGUCUGUAUAUGUAAAAAUAAGUAUAAUCUGAGUUUUUAGCAUUUUAUUGCUUGAGGUUCUACGUAGUUUUCACACAGUUGUCUUUUAAACUCCAUUAGUAAAGUCCAUAGCUAAUGAAAAACAAGUGAAAAGACUGUUCUUUAUAAACUGUGUGUAUCAGUACCAGGUAUAAAUUGUUUAGUGGCAUGGUCUGCACUGUUACUGUUAGGAUGUUGGAGAUUCCAGGUUUUAAUGAUUUGGAAUCAAAAUAAAUGGUGGUUAACAGUAAUAACUGUUUAAAGCAAAAUGUAGUAGUGACUUUAAAAACUUAUUAUUUUUUUUUUUUCUAAUAGUUAUUUGUUAAAUCUGCCAUUUUGUUUUAGAAUAUAGUCUGCAAAAUGAUGUUUAAUUGGGUAAACAUUAAAGUAAUCCAGAUUUAUAGUAAAAUAUAUACCGGUUUAUCUUGUACUCUCUUGCACAACAAUUUUUGUAUGUGGAACUCCAUACUGCAGUUUUAUAUAGACCUAAUUAGCCUUUUUAGAUUUUAUUAUUGCUUAGUUUUAUAGACUUUUCGUGUCAUGCCAUCAGAAUGAAAUAUGAAAAAUCCUUAAUGGUUGCUGUAACUUAUAAAGUAAUGUAUUCAUUUUUUAUAAAGGAACAAAGGGAAUUUGGAAACAAAAUGUCUUUUAACACUAAAAAGGCCUAGUCUUUAUACCUGCCGAUUUUCUCAUGUUUUAUUGUAAUUGCAUCACCGACUGUAUUUAUAUCCAGGUUUGACACACUAUUUAAUUGAUGGUUUUAAUUAUAUUGCUUUAAUCCUUUAUUUGUUGAUGCUAACAGUGACAUACCUUAUUUGUUUCUAGUCUAAAAUGUACCUGCUCAAAGAUUGUAUGCUCUCCAUAAAUUGUUCAGAGAAAGACAUUUUUUGUUGUCUAGAAUAUAGUUAUGCUGUAAUCCAUCAUACAUCACCUAUUAUAAAUGUAUAUAUGCAACAUAUGUCUAUUUACCUGACUCUUUACUAGCAACAAAUCAGAGGAUGCCAAAAUACGACUUGUUUGUGAUGUAAAUGGUGACUAUAAUGUAAAGUAGUGAUAGGCGUCAUUAUCGAUAUUUUGAUAUGAUAUUGCUCAAUAUCGAUAAUUUCCAUAUCGUGGGAUUUUAAAAUGUUUGCUUCAUCAAUGACUUUUUUGAUAAACUUGUGAGCUUUUGGUGAAGUAAACAUGGUGUAUCAAACUACCAAGCUAAAAAUCUGUUUUCUUGAAGUUUUAACAAUAAUAUCAGUUUGCUGUGCUGUAAUGGGUUUAUUUUUAAGUGGAAGAUACAUUUUUCAGCAUAGCGAAACCAGAAAUAUCAGCCGCCACACACUCUACAGAGAGAUGUACGGAAAGCUUGUAGAGACUUUAUCAAUAAUACUGCUAAAAUACUAACGCUCUGUAAUCAAGCUUAUUUUAUAUUGAGAUACAAUAAACUCUAUACAAGCCUAUCAUUGUCAGCCUCGUAAGCAAAGACACAUCACACACUAAAGUAUAAUUAAGCAUUUAAAGUAAUUGAUUGGAAUUUAGGUAACAAAUGCUAUUUGCAUUCUGCAUUGUUUGAGAGGGAGAUCAAAUUUUCAGAUAUUUGCCCACCACUAGUAAAAAGUAGUGACCAAGUAGUUUCCAAUCACAGCUUAAAAAAAAAAUAAUAAAAAAAUAAGAAAGCACAGAUACACAUUUCUAAUCACGUUUAUAAAUUGUUUGGAAGGCUUUUUCUUGGAUAAAGCAAACUUUAUAGCUCAAAGACUGAUGUCAAGAAAACAUUUAAUCUGUCCUAACUGAAACAUGUCUUUUUUUUUUUUUUUUUAAACAGUGCAGAAAUUCUACUUGGUAAUGAAGUUUAGUGUUGUGCCUUUGCAGUCAUUUCAUGACUAAUUUGGUUUCAUGUUUUUAAACUUUAUCUGAAGUACAGAACAUUUGUGUAUGGACUAUUUCUAUGAGACAUUCAGUUACAUCAGUGUAUCCGUAGAACCUGGAGUUGCAUUAAACAGCGUGUUGUGCUUUCUAAAUCUUAAAGACCAUUACCCAGGGCUGAAAAAUUAACUUCAAUUGGAUAUUUUAUAGAACUCCUCAUUCAGGCACUACUAUCAAGGCACAUAGUUGCUUUUAGGACUUCACUAUGUAAAUGUUCAACAAAAACACACAGCAGAUUUGAUCCACAGGGCAUGAUGCGUUGCUUAAAAAAUCUGGUGAACAGUCUUGUAAUGGUAUCAUUAUUUAGUUACUCUAAUCUGAUGGACACAUACCUCUGUGCAUGGGCUUACUUUUAGUAUUAGGACAAACAAUUGAGCAAAAGGCAGUAUGUGCAAUAUAUUAACUGAUGACUGUUUCUGUACUUUUAGGUAACAUAAUUUAUUUAAAGUAGGUGUAAGAUAAAUUGCAGAGGAUAAACUGAUUGGUCAUCAUAGAAGACUAUUCAUGACUGUUACCGUGAACAAAUGUAUAAAUAUUGAACUGGUAACCUUGAGCUUAGUGUAAAUUAUGUUGCUUUUAAUUUUGGUGGUGGUAUUAUAAACCAAAACUAUUGUCCAUUUGAGCUAAUGGCUCAACUGUGGACUGCAGUUUGUGCUACGUGUAUAGUGUUAUACAGCAUGAAGAUACCAUCUAGACGAUGUAAUGAAACUCAAAGUUGUCAGUGGGUAAAUCGGCUGUGGGGAAAAAUGUCACAACACUGACAGAACUUUUUAAAUUCAAGUAUGACACAGAUAGUUGUUACAAACUUUUUUUCCCCUUUUUUUUUUUUUUAAAUAUACAGAAAAAUAUAAUUAAAAUAAUUUGUGCUGAAACAUGGUCAAAACAACAAUUAUGCAGACUAUAAAACAUGUACCUACCCAUUAGACCUCCAUUCCCAGUCUGUGUACAACAGUUCCCUCAACUGGACAUAACAUGGUAAUGUUUAAAGAGAGGCUUAGCAAAUUCUAGUUGUAUUGAGAUGAAGAAUUUAUUGUACCUUACUGACAUUUACUCAGGCAUUUUGAUUUUCUUUUUUCUUUUUUUAUAAAGCUUUAAGAUGUAUAGUUUUGGAUUAGGGUACAUUUGAUCUGAUAAGGAUUAAAAGAGUUAACAUUAUAGACACUGUAGCUUUGAACAAUAGGAGAUAUAAUAUGAAUACCUGAAAUUCUUUGAUUUGUUACCAUUGUAAGGAGAAACAUGUACGGAGGGGGGAGAAAAAAACAAGCAAACAUCUAGUAAUGCAAUGUUUUUAACUACAUACAAUAACUAGCUCUUUGUCAUUACUGUCUGUUUGCUGUAACCAUUUCUAAUGUUUCACGCAUACUGUUUCUAUGUACUAAUGUAGUUAUUGUGGAAGGUUAACAUUUUCAUGGCAAAUAUGCAUAAACAUUUAUUUUUUCAUGUUGUUGUGUCUGUCUAUUUACCAAACUGUUUAAUAUUACUGGGAGCAGGCUGCUUUUUUAUGGAUUUGUGCUCAACGUGUUGGCAUUAUUACUGUAUAAUAUAAUUUAUCAUUUGUACUAUUGUAACAUAUUGUUUUGUAUCUUAUUUCUGUGUAAUGGUUUUUGUAGUUAAGUCACAUUAGAAAAUGCGAUUGUUUUAACAUCUAAACAGCAGCAAAUAAAGGGCCUGUAGCUGCAAUGGUUAUAAAAAUAAAUUGCAUUGCUUAAACUUG